AUGCGUAUUUCUACAGUUGAAACGCCGAAAAAUGUUCGUCUACAUAAUAUUAAGGAAACAAGUAGUAACAAUCAACAUCAUUCAAAAAUUUCCAGUUCACCAUCACCUCCAUUAUCUCCUCAUCUACAAAAAUAUAUAACAACGGUUCAAGAACAAACAACAGCAAAAAACAAUCUUCAUCAAAUACCAACUAUAUCAAAAUGGUCAACAAGAAAGAAAGUUUUACUGGGUAUUUCAGCAUUUUUCCUAAUCACUGCUAUUAUUACCAUUCCGGUUGUUCUCGGUGUUUUACUCACGAAUUCAAAAGAAUCAACAAGUACAACAACAACAACGACUAUUGUAUCUUCAGUAACUGUUUCUGCAUAUUGGGCUUUCGAUAAUACAGCAAACGAUUUAUAUGGUGUUUAUGACGGUCAACUAAUAAAUAAUCCAUUAUUUACUACUUCAGGUUCACUUAAUCUGCCAUAUGUAGGACAUGGUCAAGCACUUAUGUUAAAUUUAGCAUCGAAUCAAUCAGUUCUGGUAUCGAGUCGAUUUUUCAAUUUAAGUUAUACAAGUUUUACCAUUCAAGCUUGGAUAUAUUUUUCAGGAUCUAGUGGUGCUGAUCGUGGAAUAUUUGGUCAAUGUCAAUGCUCAACAUGUGCAAAUCAAUGUUUAUAUUUAAUUAUUCGAAAUUAUCGCUUGUACAUUGAUUUCACAUCAAAUUAUUUGUCUGGAUCUACGACUUUUGUAACGUCUAAUUGGUAUCAUAUUGCAUUUGUUUACAAUUAUCAAACACGACAACAAAUAUUAUAUGUCAAUGGAAUUCAAGAUGCUAUCAAAUCAAAUGUACAACCAUAUCAAGGACAAAAUGGAAGUAUUCUAAUUGGUUCAACUCAAGUUUAUUCGACAAUGAAUUUUUUUCAAGGUUAUAUUGAUAAUGUCGCAUUAACAACAAGAGCAAAAUCUUCAGUUGAAAUUUUACGUGAUGCAUCUUUAAUGGCUUAUUAUUCAUUUGAUUUACCUAAUCCAAAUACUGACAAUGGUCCGAAUGGAUUAGAUGGAACGUCAAGUAAUAUAGUGACAGCUACUGGACGUGUCAAUGAGGCAAUACGUCUUCUUGGACCAUCAUCAUCAUCUUAUUUUCGAGCUUACGGUCUUUUUCAGAUUCGUUAUGGUGUUAUUAGUAACAAAACAUUUUCAAUAGCCAUGUGGUUAAAUCCAUCAUCAACUGGUAGUUCUGCAAUUAUUCAAAUGCUUCCUUCAAGCUAUACCUCAUCUUCUUGUGAAACAUUACUUGGUAUUUAUUCAUAUAAUAGUGGAACAACAGGACAGAUCUUUGUUAUCAGUUCUAUUUCUAGUCCAUCAUUGCUAACAGGUCCUUUUAUAGCAAUAAAUACAUGGACACACAUUACAUUGACUUAUAGUUAUACAAAUGGAUAUACAUUAUAUGUUAAUGGAGUUCUUUUUGGUUCAUCUGGCAGUAUAUCAUGUGCUGGAACUGGUACAUUGGCAAAUCUAUACAUAGGCUUUGGCUAUAAUUGUUUUAAUAGUUAUAUAAACAGUGCUUAUCAAGGUUACAUUGAUGAACUUUAUAUUUACAAUCGAGAACUAUCACAAUCGGACGUAACUGGUCUUGCUAACCCAUGA